AUCAACAUGGCAGACUAGACGUUUAUCAAGCGCUUGUGUUUUGCUAUGAUUAUUAUUGUGGUUUAUUAAGAUUAUUUUUCUUAUGUAACAAAUUAAUAUGAUAUCGUCUAUAAUCUCCCGACUGGUCAUAUUAGUAUUUGGAACUCUGUAUCCGGCGUAUGCCUCAUAUAAAGCUGUACGGACGAAGAAUUUGAAGGAAUACGUAAAAUGGAUGAUGUACUGGAUAGUUUUCGCUUUGUUCACGUGCACGGAAACAUUCACUGAUGUAUUCCUAUCAUGGUUUCCGUUCUAUUACGAGGUGAAGAUUGUUUUAGUGCUAUGGCUUUUGUCGCCAGCAACGAAAGGAUCCUCCAUACUCUACAGAAAAUUUGUACAUCCGGCUUUGUGCAGGCGGGAACAGGAAAUAGAUGAGUACAUAGCGAAAGCUAAAGAUCAGGGCUACCAUACUGUGCUUAAUUUGGGCACAAAAGGCGUCAACUAUGCUACAACGGUCAUCAUGCAGACCGCUAUCAAGGGCGGCGGAGGGCUCGUACAGCAAAUCCGUAAAAGCUAUAGUCUAUCGGAUUUGACCGAGUGCGAGCCUCGUGAAGAGCGAGGUGAGGAUGAAGCGGACGACGUGCUCACCGAACCUAGACUGAUUAGACGUGGACCCAAAAGUGGUUAUCGUCGUAGUGCUUCCGAAUCGAACAGCCGACAGCCGAUGUAUUUUCCUGAAGUCGACGUGGACGUCAGAAGCCCCCGCCCGAGAACCGACGAACCCGAUUUCAGUCACAUAAAAUCGUCGGAGGACAUAAGUUCUGGUUACUCGAGUGCCGACAACUCGGGGUCGUUGACCCGCACGUCGUCGCUGGGCGCGUCGGCGAGAACUAAAGCCCGCCCCGUGCGGACCACGGUCACCACCAUCAAACGACCCCAAGCCGCCGAGGGAAGUGAAGUAAUCAUCGAGGAGCUACACGACGACGAUGCUUUUGAAUUUGCGAAUAUACCCCCCCUUGUACAAUACUCAACUCCCUUAUUCUUGUCCCACACUGACCCCCCGUUCUUAUACAAGUAUGUAGACAACCAAGUUAAAAUAUUACAAGUGCUAGGUAAUUACCCGUUACAAUCGAGUUCUAACAAUGAAUCCAACAAUGCAGAUACCUGGGACCAAAAAGAAGUUAAUUUUAAAGAAACUACGUUAAGCAAAGAUUCCGAAAAAGUAAUUGAUAAUGUCGAUGAAAAUAUUGUGGUAUAUGAAAGAAAACAAAAUAAUAAUUUGGACAUUCCGUUUCACUCUGAAGCAAAAGAAUAUAAGCCAAUUAACCAGCACGAAACACAUUCAUUUGUUGAUAAGAACAAUGAAACUUUAGUUUAUAACGUAAAUAGUGACGCCAAUAUUGAUAUUGAAGGACACGAAAAUAAAUAUACUAGUACCAUAGAUACUGAUACUAGUGCUAUAGAUACUGAUACUAGAACUAUAGAUACUGAAACUAGAACUGUAGAUACUGACAACAUUAAUGUCCAAACUGAAGCAACAGUGGAUAUAUGCAGUAUCGAUUCAGCUGACGAUGAAGCCUCUUUCGGCACCCCUGAUAAUUCACCGAAAAGCAAAAGAAAGUCACCUAAAGGCAAAUAUGGCAAAGGCAAAGCGCCGCCGCCUCCGGUUCCUGCAGCGGAAAAACAAUUAAUACAACACGACAUCCACCAAACUGCAGAAGAUUUUUCAAAUAACAUGACAGAACUUCAAAAAUCAUCAAUAGAUAUAGCUAAUAAUACACUAGAUGAGAAAACUAUCAUAGAAAACGAUAGUGAAACACUCGGAGAUAGUAAACCUGCAAAAAGACUGCGUGACAAAUCUAAAUCCCCAGCUAGAAUGCUGAUUAAUAGUUCUAGUAUAAGCAGACUGUUACAAUUGCCAGGUAAACUAGCUUUUUGGAGUAAAACUGAUGAUCAACACAGAUCAGAAGGUGGUGCGAAGGAAGGUGACGAUAAUGAUUCUUCAACAUCUACGUGCAAUAGUAGGAGAUCUUCUACGGCCGACAAAAUUAUUGACGAAUUUCAAAGUUGCCACGAUCUGAGUAAUCCUUGUGGUGUCAAAAAAGUUCCAGAAAUUGAAAUAACAUGUGAUUCUAAAGACUGCGUCGAAGCGUAUAACAAUGAAAAUAUAACAAAAACCAGUGAUGCGUUACAGAAAAUCAUUGAUGCAAAAUUGGAGAAUUAUCCGGAAUAUAAGUUUUUAUCAUUGCACGAAGAAAUACCGACAACAUCGAAAAGCACAGAUGUUUAAAAACCGCAAUGCUGACGGCCUCUGCUACAAUACCCCGCGCAAAAAAAUCCAAUAAAAGGAAAACCCAAUAAGGCAGAUUCGAAAAUAGAUCUUAGUAUAAUGUAUUAUCUCAUACAAUUACUGAAAGACAAUUCAUGUUUUGAGAUGAUUCCUUUAGAAUGAGGAAUAUCUUUUAUAAUUAUAUAUAAACAUUUUAUUGCUUGUUGGUAUAGUAUUGAGAUAAGGCUUCGCUCUGUUUGAAAGAGGUCUGCUCAAGCUUAAAUUUAGCUUACUUUCUGCUGGAGCAUAAGGCUUUGAAUGUUUGCUCUUUCUGUGGAAAUUUGGUUCAUAUGAAAAAAAGCACAUUUACGUUUUAUGCUAUGACCAUUCUUUAGUUUUUUAAAUUUCAAUAUAUAUAUAUUUUUAAAUUCGGUACACAUACAUCCAUCCAUUAUUUUUACUUUAAACUUUGAUAAGCGUGAACGCAACAUAAUUUAUUAUUCACAAUUAAAUUAACAAAAUGAUAAUAAACUUAUUGAUGCAACAAUUCAACAAUGAUACAAUUUCGCAUGAAAUGCACUUUCAUAAUUAUUUUUAUGAGGAAAAUUGUUCUCAAAAAUACUCAUUAGUCUUCUUAUGUAGCUAAGUGUACCUAUUGCAUAAUAGGAAAUAAUGGUUUUAGCUCCAAUCUACAACGCGCAAAAACGUUAUUUGAUAGAAUAACGAAAUAUUAAGUUUUUCUCGAAUUUCGUCGACUUGUAAUAAACUUCUCAAUUGGUGUAUAUUAUAUUUUAGCCAAAUUUUGCCAAACAUUUAGAUUUACUCAAGAGUGUAGCUAAUUUAUUUUGUUUAACUACGUAUUUAUUAAAUGGAAAUACUAGUCUUAAUAAACAAUGUAAGGAAACUGCUUCAUUGAGGCUGACAUCAACAUCAUAUUUCGUUGUGAGAUGCACCCUGUGUUUCACCGCUUCAGAUGUACGAAUAACGGUACAAAUGUGAGAAGCAUAUUUAAAAUUGGUCGAUAUUUCUACCAUUUUAACUCUGCAGGUUUAAUGGGUGAAAUUUUUUGUUUGAAAAACGUAUGUGAUGUUUAUUUAUGAUUUUAAAUGUUAUGUUAACAAUUUCAUUGGGAGUGUGUGUUAUAUGAUAUAUUAUUGUAAAAUUUAGCAGUAUUAUAAAUAAUAUAAGAAACUUAAAUAUUAUAAAGGUUAAACGUUGCUUGUUUGUUCGCUCUUGUGAAUAAGCAACUUAUACUUUAUUUGUACUCUGAAAAUGUUGUCCUGCUUGUUUUGUUACCUGUUCUGUAAUGUUUGUACCCUUAACACUAUUUGAUAGUCGAUUGGGUUGGUUUUGUAUAAAAUAGUGUCUGAGUUUAUUAAAAAUACAUUAUAAUAGUAA